CUGUGUGAGAGCAACAGCAGCCUGCGCUCGGCCCUGCUGCUGGGCUCCUGCCUGGGCCCCGGAGCGCCAUUGCCCCCCCUCCAGCCCCACAGUCCCCUCGCUGACCCCUCACCCCACCUCCCUGAGGACACCCACAGCAGGUGAGGAGCGGGUGUGGAGGAGCAGGGACAGCCGUGUCCGCUCCUCCCUGAGCGCUGCCCUGGGCACAGGUACAGGGGGGGCAGCUCUCCACGCCUCCAGCUCCCCUCCACAGCCCCCCAGCAGAGCUCAGCCUCCAGCUCGGACACAGCCUCACUCAGCGACGCUGACAGCUGGAGCUCAGAGGAUGCACAUCCCACCAGCCCCUGCUGGGGCACCCAGGUGAGGCCCUGCCCAGUGCCCCAGCCAGGGAGGCAGAUGCCACUCUGCCUACCCACAGCCCCCCCAGCCCACCCUACGGGCUCAGAAGCCUUGUUGUGAUGCUUGCCACCCUGCAGGACCCUGUCCCCCUGGCAGAAGGCUGCUGCCACCCUGCACAGCACUGCUGCAAGAGGAAGCUCCCUGCCUUCCCACCGGAGGGGUCCAGGGCAGCAGAGGAGCCUGCUCCCCCCUGCCCCAUGUACCGGCUGGUGCUGGCAGGUGACAGCGGCACAGGCAAAUCCAGCUUCCUGAUGCGCCUGUGCAUGAAUGAGUUCAGAGACGUCUCUGCCACACUAGGGGUGGACUUCCAGAUAAAGCAGCUGCUGGUGGAUGGGGAACAAACUACACUGCAGAUCUGGGACACAGCAGGGCAGGAGAGGUACCGGAGCAUUGCCAAGUCCUACUUCCGCAAGGCCCACGGCGUGCUGCUCCUCUACGACAUCAGCUCCCAGAGCAGCUUCCUCAGCAUCCGCCAGUGGAUUGAGGAUAUCAAGGCUGCUGAGACAGCGCUCCCGCUCAUGCUGGUGGGAAAUAAGACUGACCUGCGCCCUGGCCUGCCGGAGGCAGCAGGAGUCUGCAUGGCCCACGGGCAGAAGCUGGCCAUGGUGAGCAGCCACAGCUCAGGACGGUGCCUAGGAGGGCUGAGACCUACCCCCGACUCACCUGCUCUCCUCCCCAGGCCCACAACUGCCUGUUCUGUGAGACCAGCGCCAAGGACGGCACCAAUGUGGUGGAGGCUGUGCUGCACCUUGCCCGGUGAGGAGCCCUGCGUGCCAGGUGUGCUGUGCAGCACCCGGGAAGUGGGCCUGGAUGACAGCCUCACGCUUGGCCCCGCAGGGAAGUGAAGAGGACGGCGAGCUCGAGCAGUGGCUGUGGCGUCCGCCUGGAUGCGAGCAUCCCUCCCCUGAGGGCAGCUCCGGGCUGCUGCAGGGCCUAGCGCAGGAGGCGGGCGGGCUGCAGGCCAUCGCCCGCCCCCACCCGGCAGCUCCCCCCGGCUCCGGGCCCGCCGUGCCACCCGCUGCCCCCCCAGCUCCUCCGGAUCCACACCGCCUCCCUGCAAGCGGCCCCCGGAGCCGCCUGCUCAGCCCCCACUACAGCU